AUGACGCAAGACGUCAUAGAUGCCCGAGCUGCGCAAGGUAGUGGGUGGUCGAAAUCAGGAGGUAUUUGGUGGAGCACCUGGGAUGCACCUUCGGCGCAGGAAGCCUGCAAUGACUGUGGGGCACCGUGCAAACGCGGAUGGAAUGCACCAAAUGGGCAGCGCUACUGCUUGUCCUGCUGGGAGCAGUGGCAUGCCAUGCCACCUCCCAUUCCGGCAGCCUCAAACUUUGACAGAGGCGCACGAAGACCGUGGCGGAAGCCUCUUUCCAAGAAGCGAACCUUCAGUAUCAGGGAUGACUGCCCCUGCUGCACCCCUGGCGGAGUGCCUUUCGAGGUGCAGAAGGUGUACCAGCAGCCGCAGUUGGGUUCAAAGGACUUGCAGGAAUUGAGUGACCUUUCGUAUUGCGAUGCCCAUUGCCAUUUGGAUAUUCUGCUGCACAACCGACUGAAUGGCGGCACUCAGUGGGGCACCAAAGAGAAAAUUUGCAAGAAUUGGAUCGCCAACCAGUGCUGGUAUUACCAGGACUGCCAUUUUGCCCACGGAGAACAGGAGCUCGAGCCUCGACGAAUGUUGGCGCCGGAGCAUGUGGAGCCUUACCUCUCCGAGCUCCAGCGACGGGCAGCCAGACGCAACGAGCCCAUGCUAAGGUCCUUGAUUACAAAUUGCUGCGAACUUGAUGUCAUUGAAGACACAAAGCUUAUCAUCGACGUCGCAGAGAAGCUGGGUCUCGACUCGGUGUACUGCACAAUUGGAUGCCAUCCGCAUGACUACCGAGACUUCUCGGAUGAAGCCGAAAAGCGGCUGCGUGCAGAAAUCCAAGCGUGUGGCCGAAGAGUGGUGGCGGUGGGGGAGUGCGGACUGGACUAUUGGAAGAACUACGACGAGUCUUUGAUACCUGCCGAACGGCAACAGAUGUUGAACGUUUUUGCACGCCAGAUCCGCAUGGGGACGGAUUUCAAUCUUCCUGUAGUCGUCCAUGCUCGUGAUGCUGACGACGACACAAUGCACGUCCUGAAAUCUACUCUGCCUCGGGAGCACAAGGUUUACAUCCAUGCCUUUCAAGGAGGAACAGAAUUCUUGGAAGAAGCGCUGAAGAUCUUCCCCAACUGCAUCUUCGGGAUAAGUAGUAUGGUCUGGUGCAGUGAGGGAGCAGAGCGCAUCACGAAGAACUGUCCGUUGGAUCGAAUGGUUUUGGAGACGGAUGCCCCCUACUUGGCGCCUCAUCCUUCCGAUAUUCCGGAGCUUGCCCACAAAAUUGCGGAGAUGAAGGGCGAGAGCACUGCAACGGUUCUGAGGAUCACUACAGAGGUCUGCCAAAGAUUUUACGGCUUGUGGUCCCCAUGGAGCACGAGAAGAUGUGAGGGGGCGUGA